AUGGAGUCUGUCCAGAUCCACCCGAAUCCCGAGCCGCUAAGCAACGUGGGCCCACCAGCUCAAUUUCCACCUUAUUAUAACCCUAAAUUUUCCCAUAGUCCUCUCCACUUCUCUAGCGAGUGGGACGAAGCUUACGAGCAAGCAAGAAUGUCCACAGUGGUAACCCAGACGGAAACCCCGUCAAAAUCAAGAGACAGAACAGCUCCUGUCCAUUUUAUAACACCUGGAAAGGCAGCAGCUGCAGCAGGUCUCGGCCAUUUAGGCGGAGGUCCUACAGCAUCGCCUAUGGGACGUGUAAUGUCUGCGCCAAAAUAUUCGAGUGCCAAAGCAGACCUGGCAGCACCUACGCCGCCUCCCGAGAGGCAGCCAGCGAAAAGAGUACACAGCAUGGAAGUGUUGUGGUCGAUGUUGAAUGAUAUUACAGGCAAAGAUAAAAUGGCCAAAUUUGGUCAGUAUACAUUGAGGUUGCUCCUCCAUCACUCGGCUAAAACCCAAGAGUAUCUUAGUGACGAUGUGGUCAAUAUCAAGCUGAUCAACAAGACAUACCGCGAGACGGGCAGGAUGAUGGACUUGUUGGUGAGUUUCGUACAGCAUCCACAGGAGUUCACCAAGAUAGUGGUGAUUUUGGCAUGCUCUAUUUUCAGCCUGAGAUUCAAGGCCUGGGUGCCGGCUUUGGGAACUUACAGACAACUUUUACGGUUUGGAAAGUCGCCUUUCCGUCUCAGAGCUCUUUUCAAGAAAUUACGUGAAGCCACGUACCAUGAUCCAGUAACCAAGUCAUGGAAGAUCAACGACAUGUUUUUCAACAACAAUACGCUAGGCGAGGUAAUCUCGCUCUACUACUCACUCAAUGACGAGGCACUCCUUCUCUACAAACUCAAAUUCUUGCGUAACCCCACCCUCCGCAAGUUUGUUGGGAAGCACGAGUCGUAUGCCUGGUAUCUAGACUCGUGGUUGGCCCUCUACAAUGCUUGGAACAACUUGAACCGACUUUCACAGAAGGAAAUGGACGUCAAAAUUCAGAUCCAGGUUAAAAAGAAGGCACGAGCAAUCUCCAAACAGCUUUUGGGCGGCACGGCCCUUCACAGCCUGGACUUUGGUAAUCCUGACGACGACUCCGGAGAUUCACAGGCACUCAAGGAAAUCCACUUCCGCAUGACAAAUGCUAGAUUGGAUAUCUACAAGACGAUAUCAGACAUUGUCUUCAAUUCUUACACGGUGUUCAACGCCGCACUCCACUUUGAUACCAUCCAGAUUUGGAUGGGAAUUAGUGCGUCGUUAUUGAGUUCCAUUAAAUUGUACCGGGAGAAGAAGCGCUCGUUAGUGAAGGAGUAA